AUGGGAAGAAAGAGAAGAACAGCUAAUGUGUUUAUGACCGUUAGUGAAUGGAUCAAUGAGUUUGGUGGAAAGAGAGAAGGAGAGACACGUGGUGCAGAGCGUCCACUCCCAUUCUCAUGUUGUUGUAUGUCAUUUCAACCAUUUGAAGAUGCAAUGUGUACAAAUAAUGGUCAUCUAUAUGAUAUGCUUAAUAUUAUACCAUUUAUAAAGAAACAUGGUAUUGAUCCAGUGACUGGAAAGAAGACAACGAUGAAAGAUCUAUUUAAAGCAAAUUUUACAAUCAAUCAAGAUGGAGAUUACCUAUGUCCUAUCAUGAAGAAAUCAUUUACCGAUUACAGUCACAUUGUUAUCAAUCGUGCAACAGGCAAUGUGUUUAGCUAUGAAGCAAUUGAAAAGCUGUGCUUUGAACCAAAACAAUUGAUAGAUCCAUUGGACGACACACCAUUCACAAAAGAUGAUAUCAUUACUAUCCAAGAUCCAAAGGAUCGUUCCAAUAGAAAAUUAGAUACCUUUUAUUUUAUUAAAAAUAGAUUAGAUAUUAAUCAAAAUAAUAAUAAUGAUGGAACAUCAAAUAUAAAUGUAAAUCAAACUGCUCAAAGAAUAUUUGAUGAAUUAAAAGAAAAAGGAAUAUCUUCAUCAUCUACAUCAACAACAACUACUCAACCUUCAACAUCUACGUCAUCAACAACAAAAACUUCAUCUACUGAAUCAAAGGAAUUAAAAGAUUAUAAACAAGAAAAAGAAACAAAAUUACAAAAUCAAAGAAAACAAUCUGGACAAGCACCAUCAUUUACAUCGACUGGAUUUUCAUUGGGACAGGUUGUAGAGGAUCAUAUAGCAGAUCAACCAGGAAAGAUAACUAAAAAGAAAGGAUAUGCAAGACUGAAAACCAAUCUAGGAGAUUUAAACAUUCAACUACACUGCGAUAUUGCUCCCAAGGCAUGUGAAAACUUUUUACAACAUUGUGAAAAGGGAUAUUACAACGAUGUCAUCUUUCAUCGUUUGAUCAAAAACUUUAUGAUUCAAGGUGGUGAUCCUACCGGAUCAGGUAGAGGUGGUGAAUCAAUCUGGGGAAAACCAUUCAAAGAUGAGAAAUCGAAACUGACUCAUAGUGAACGCGGUAUUCUCAGUAUGGCAAAUAGUGGUCCAAAUACAAAUGGUUCACAAUUCUUUAUUACUCUUAGACCAUGUACUCAUUUAGAUGGUAAACAUACUAUAUUUGGAAAGGUAGUUGGAGGAUUAGAUGUUAUAAAAUUAAUGGAGAUGAUUAAAACAGAUGAAGGUGAUAGACCAAUAGGUGUAAUUAAAAUAACAGGUACACAAGUAUUUGAGAAUCCAUUCCACCAAAUAGAUCAAGAAGAAUUGGACAUUAAGAAAAAACAACAAGAAAAGAUUAACCAACAACAAUUGAAAUUUACAGACGACGACUAUGAAAAGGGUCAAUGGUACUCCAACCCAAAUCCAAAUCCUAUUAAAACAACUAAAACUGGUGUUGGUAAAUAUAUUCAAGAGACCUCUGCAGCUCCAAAGAAAUUGGCAUCAAGUAGUAGUAGUAGUAGUACGACGACAACCACCACUGCAGCAUCAGCUAGUUCAUCAUCUACUCAACUAAAAAAUCAAAUCAUUCAAGAUAGAUUACAACAACAGCAACAACAACAAAAGAAAUUAAAAUCUUUUGGUGAUUUCUCUAAUUUCUAG